GGCCGUCGACGACGCCUGCACCCCGCCGGCCGCCAUGGCGCACGGCGACCGCAUGACCACCUUCGAGGAGAGCGAGAGGGAGAGCGAGUACGGCUACGUCCGCAAGGUCUCCGGGCCCGUGGUCGUCGCCGAUGGCAUGGGCGGGGCCGCCAUGUACGAGCUCGUCCGUGUCGGCCACGACUCCCUCAUCGGGGAAAUCAUCCGUCUCGAGGGCGAUUCUGCCACGAUUCAAGUUUAUGAGGAGACCGCCGGGCUGAUGGUGAAUGACCCGGUGUUGAGAACAAAGAAGCCUCUUUCAUGUGAGCUUGGACCUGGUAUUCUCGGAAACAUCUUUGAUGGAAUCCAGCGCCCCCUGAAAACUAUUGCUAUCAAAUCCGGAGAUGUCUACAUUCCUCGUGGUGUCUCAGUCCCUGCCCUCGAUAAAGAUCAGCUCUGGGAGUUCCAGCCAAACCAGCUAGGUGUCGGAGAUGCUAUCACAAAUGGAGAUCUAUAUGCUACCGUAUUUGAGAACACGCUGAUGAAGCAUCAUGUUGCGCUCCCUCCUGGUGCUAUGGGAAAAAUUAGCUAUAUUGCCCCUGCUGGUCAGUACAGUUUGCAGGAUACAGUGCUGGAAUUGGAGUUCCAGGGCAUCAAAAAGGAGUUCACUAUGCUCCACACAUGGCCUGUGCGGACCCCAAGGCCUGUUGCGUCAAAACUUGCUGCCGAUACGCCUCUUCUGACUGGACAGCGUGUACUCGAUGCUCUGUUCCCCUCUGUGCUUGGAGGAACAUGUGCUAUUCCUGGAGCUUUCGGUUGUGGAAAAACUGUCAUUAGUCAGGCACUCUCAAAGUAUUCCAAUUCCGACACUGUGGUCUAUGUGGGUUGUGGUGAAAGAGGAAACGAGAUGGCUGAGGUCCUUAUGGACUUCCCGCAAUUGACAAUGACGUUGCCUGAUGGACGUGAAGAGUCAGUCAUGAAGAGAACAACACUUGUGGCUAACACCUCCAACAUGCCUGUCGCUGCGCGUGAAGCGUCCAUCUAUACAGGAAUUACAAUUGCUGAAUACUUCCGUGACAUGGGCUACAAUGUUAGUAUGAUGGCUGAUUCCACAUCCCGGUGGGCAGAAGCACUGCGUGAAAUUUCUGGACGUUUGGCUGAAAUGCCUGCAGAUAGUGGUUACCCUGCGUAUUUGGCUUCACGUUUGGCAUCUUUCUAUGAACGUGCUGGGAAGGUGCAAUGUCUUGGCAGUCCAGACCGGACAGGCAGUGUCACAAUUGUCGGUGCUGUUUCUCCCCCUGGUGGAGAUUUUUCAGAUCCUGUCACCUCUGCAACCCUCAGUAUUGUGCAGGUCUUCUGGGGAUUGGAUAAGAAGUUGGCUCAAAGAAAGCAUUUCCCUUCUGUCAAUUGGCUCAUUUCUUACUCGAAAUAUGCCACGGCUUUGGAAGGCUUCUAUGAUAAGUUCGAUUCUAGCUUUAUUGAUAUGAGAACAAAGGCACGUGAGGUGUUGCAGAGAGAGGAUGACCUAAAUGAAAUUGUCCAGCUUGUUGGUAAAGAUGCAUUGGGAGAAGGUGACAAGAUUACGUUGGAGACAGCCAAGCUUCUGAGGGAGGAUUAUUUGGCGCAGAACGCAUUUACCCCAUAUGACAAGUAUUGUCCAUUCUACAAAUCAGUUUGGAUGAUGCGCAACAUUAUUCAUUUCAACACAUUAGCGAACCAGGCUGUGGAGCGAGCAGCUAAUGCUGAAGGGCAUAAGAUAACCUACGCCGUUGUAAAGAGUCGCAUGGGUGAUCUAUUUUACCGCCUUGUAUCUCAAAAGUUCGAAGACCCUGCAGAAGGCGAAGACGUCCUGGUCGCGAAAUUCCAGAAACUUUACGAUGACCUUACCACCGGAUUCCGCAACCUAGAAGAUGAGGCUAGGUAAAAAAUUGUGUAUGCCACCAUGUAAACAAUAAGGAGCACCAAAUGCUGUGAAGGAACAGACUUGCGCGCAGUUUUCUUUGCUUCACCGGAGUUUGUAGAUGUGAAUUACGUUCCAGGACCCCCCCUUUUUUUCGCGACGACUUCACUUGUUUUUCAGGACUACAUUGUUUGGUCUCCAGUGCCGUGGAUGCACUCAUUAUUUUUUGAUGUACCAUUAUUUGUUGUAAGAUAAGAUCCUGGUGGGCAUGUUCAUAGUUGAAUAAGCACGAUGUCCAUCUAGUUGAACAUCAUCAAUAAUGUCUAUAUUUAUUUGCCAUUA